ACCGAUCGUCACCUUUCUUCAGUCCUAACUUCACUCCUUUGCUUUCAUUUUCUUUCUUCUUGUUCUCCUUUCACACUGCCUCUGCGAGCGCGUCAUGCGCAGUCUCUCCAAUGACUGAGCUUUACCCUUCAUUGGCCCAGUGCGCCAUCGUCGCGACAGCCUUCAAGAUUCUUCUUUUCCCCGCAUACAAAUCUACGGACUUCGAAGUGCAUCGGAACUGGCUUGCGAUCACACAUUCGUUGCCCGUUCAGGAAUGGUACUACGAGAAAACGUCGGAAUGGACCCUCGAUUAUCCUCCCUUCUUCGCAGCCUUCGAAUGGCUUCUUUCACAAGCAGCUCCCUAUGUGGACCCUGCAAUGCUGGUGGUCAAGAAUCUCAACCAUGAUUCGUGGCAGACGGUAUACUACCAGAGAGCUACGGUGAUUGUCACUGAACUUGUCCUUCUGUUCGCGCUCAGCAGAUUCGUCAAGUCCGUGCCUGAGCAGAACAGACAUCUCGCGCAUAUCGCCAGCCUGUCCAUCCUCUUGUCUCCCGGGCUGCUCAUUAUUGAUCACAUUCAUUUCCAAUAUAACGGCUUUCUCUACGGUCUUUUAAUCCUGUCGAUUGUUCUAGCCCGAAAGCAGUCAACGUUGCUCUACAGCGGCAUCACUUUUGCUGCACUGCUGUGCUUCAAGCACAUUUACCUAUAUCUUUCCCUCGCCUACUUCGUCUACUUGCUGAGAGCCUAUUGUUUGGACCCCAAAUCGGUCUUCCGGCCUCAAAUUCUUAACACGAUCAAGCUGGGAAUUUGUGUUGUGGGUAUCUUCGCUUUGGCAUUUGGCCCAUUCGCUUCUUGGGGCCAAUUACUCCAACUGAAAGACAGACUCUUUCCGUUCUCGAGAGGGCUAUGCCAUGCCUACUGGGCGCCAAACGUCUGGGCAAUGUACUCGUUUGCUGAUCGCGCUCUAAUUCCACUUGCUCCUCGCCUGGGGCUCCCAGUCAAUCAGGAAGCUCUGACCAGUGUUACGCGCGGCCUCGUUGGCGACACUUCAUUUGCGAUUCUUCCAGAGGUGACCAAGGAGCAUACAUUCGCGCUCACAUUUCUCUUCCAAUUGCUGCCAUUGAUCAAGCUCUGGCGUCGGCCAGAUUGGGAGACCUUCGUCGGCGCCGUUACUCUGUGCGGCUACGCAUCCUUUCUCUUCGGCUGGCACGUCCACGAAAAAGCCGUUCUCCUCAUCAUUAUCCCCUUCAGUCUGAUCGCGCUCAAAGACCGGCGGUAUUUCAGUGCAUUCCGGCCGCUCGCGGUAGCCGGCCAUGUUUCUCUGUUCCCGCUGCUCUUCACUGCCGCCGAAUUCCCGUUCAAGACGGUCUACACCGUGUUUUGGCUGAUCCUGUUCCUCUUCGCCUUUGACCAGGUGGCACCGGUGCCGGAGCGACGUCGCGUCUUCUAUGCCGACCGCUUCUCGUUGCUGUACCUGACGGUGGCCAUCCCGCUCAUCAUCUACUGUUCCGUGGGACAUCAGCUCAUCUUCGGGCUGGGACGCUAUGAGUUCCUCCCGUUGAUGUUCAUCAGCAGUUAUUCCGCUCUGGGAGUGGUUGGUAGCUGGGUCGGGUUUCUGGUGGUCUAUUUCACGGCAUAGAUAGAAACGAAGGCCGGGCUCGGAUCUAUGUCCUUGCGAAGUUGCAGUAUUCACCACAAUCCCAC